GGGCGUUAAUACGAUUCCAAUGGAGUUUCCCAUCUCUUCAAAAGUAUAUUUGGUUUAUCCAAAUUAUGUUCGUUUCCGGGUGCACUUUCUAUCGCAAUCCGGUUUCUUGCGGUUCGGAAUAAGGACCGGGGGCGGUUCUACAAGAAAGCCCCAAAACCCGAACUCCAACAGGUUUUUCAAGCGAAUUUUUAGGUGGUCUUCACUCCGAUUACAUAUGCCACGGGCCCCAGUGUGGGUGCAUUGCACCGCGCUCAACGGUGGCGCGAUUCUGACUGAGUUAGCAUGCUCCAACCGGCUGUAGCGAUUAGUCAAUAUCCCAUAGUUAGGGGUGAGUUGUAAAACCCAACUUCUCUAUUGGACUUUUCCGUUCAAUUCCUCCCCAUCCACCCUGCAGGAAGAUUGUUGCAUUGGGACGGCCAUAACAAGAAGAGUGUAUUCUGGUAGGAACCCAGUUUCGGAUUCGGGAUUUAAGGCCCACAAGGGGGUUGGGGGUUUAAACCACAAUAAUUUGAUCCCUAAACCCCCCAUGCCUGGCAUUUCGGUCAGUGUUUUGGUCAAUUUUAAUAAAAAUGUUUGCCUUUUAUUUUAUAUAAAUAGUGCCAGUUCCUGAAUUUCGCUUUCUACCUAAACACUACUUUUUCAUUCUCCUCCCAGACGUCUUAACACUAGCAGUAUCUGACGGCCCCUCGUCUCCCCUCAUCAACCUCCGUGCGCAGCGCACUGCACUGUGGUCAUCUCUCGCGGUGGAAAAUAUCAGAUAACAGGAACCCCCUUACUCGGACAAAGUGAGGCUCCAACAAGAGGACGGUGAUCUGUGUUCCCUUUCCAAGUAGCAAACGAGCUCUGUGGCAAUCGAAUCCUCAAAACAGACCGGGCUCCGGUGCUCGCCAUGCCCGGCCCGGCGGCCGGCAGUAAAUCUCGGGUGUACGCCGAUGUCAAUACUUUGAAGAGCAGGGAAUAUUGGGACUACGAAACACACGUGCCUAACUGGAGUAACCAGGAAGACUACCAGUUGGUGCGGAAGCUUGGCAGAGGGAAGUACAGUGAGGUCUUUGAGGCCAUCAACAAUAAUGAGAAGGUGGUUGUCAAGAUCCUCAAGCCUGUCAAGAAGAAGAAAAUCAAGCGUGAAAUCAAGAUCCUGGAGAAUUUGCGAGGUGGAGCCAACAUUAUUCGAUUGGUGGACACAGUGAAAGACCCUGUUUCCCGAACGCCUGCGCUUGUCUUUGAAUGCAUCAAUAACACAGAUUUUAAGGAGCUCUACCAGAAGUUAACAGAUUUUGAUAUCCGUUUUUACAUGUAUGAACUACUUAAGGCUCUGGACUACUGCCACAGUAUGGGGAUAAUGCACCGUGAUGUCAAGCCCCACAAUGUGAUGAUUGACCACCAGAUGAGGAAGCUACGUCUAAUAGACUGGGGCCUUGCAGAGUUCUACCAUCCUGCACAGGAAUACAACGUCAGAGUAGCGUCUCGCUACUUUAAGGGACCUGAGUUACUGGUGGAUUACCAGAUGUACGACUACAGUUUGGACAUGUGGAGUCUUGGCUGCAUGCUGGCCAGUAUGAUCUUUCAGAAAGAGCCCUUCUUCCAUGGCCAGGACAAUUAUGACCAGCUGGUCCGAAUUGCCAAAGUCCUGGGGACAGAGGAACUUUUUGGUUACCUGCGCAAAUACCACAUUGAACUGGACCCACGCUUCAAGGACCUUCUUGGCCAGCACUCUGUGACUGGAGCUAUUAAAGUUGGCUCUCUGUCAUCGUCGUCGUCCCCCAGACAGAGGCGGAAACGCUGGGAGCAAUUUGUCCAGACCGAGAACCAGCACCUGGUUAGCCCUGAGGCUCUGGACCUGCUGGAUAAGCUGCUGCGCUACGACCAUCAGCAGAGACUGACGGCCACAGAGGCCAUGGAGCAUCCCUACUUCUAUCCUGUGCUGAAGGAACAGUCUCUCUCUAAUGCGGAUGGCAAUAUGGUGUCCAGUGGAUCCACUACGGCUCGAUGAAAGCAGAAGAACAUUUGUUACCUCGACUUUUUAGCCCUUUGUGGCAGAAACUUCUUCAAGUGUACAGUGAAAAUUGAUCAGAGCGACACCAGACACACACACCCCUUCUCUUUGUCAGUCUGAGGUUGACUUGCCCCAGUUACAUGUCAAGCAGCCAGACCAAUGAGCUUGGUGUCUCACUGCUGCCCCUGUCCUGCUCUGCCUCCUCCUCUUAUCACGAGGUAAACAGAAAAUGUUCAAAGACAAGAAAAAAGGAUCCUUCCCUGUCAUUACCCCCCCCUUUGGCCCCCCUCCCUCGUUUAACUAAGCAUGGAGAAUGAAAAGGAACGUGAGCCUGCCCCCCCCCCCCCCCUCCUUUGUCAGGCUGUCUGUUCAGUGUUCAGCCACUUGGCAGGCCUAUGCUCAGCCUCCACACACUGUAGUACCAAAGUGUUAUGGUGGACCUUUUCUCUGCUCUAGGUAGAAUGAUGAUAUUAAUAAAAAAUAAUAUUUUUUUUAUA